CAGCUGCAGCCAGCAGCACAAGCACGAGCCAUAUGGAGAUACCGGUAUCCAUGCACGAGACGCGCCGUCUGCCCCCGGUCCUAUCCCUCCCUGACGCGCUCAUCGCUCUUUCGGCUGCUCUCGCCAACCUCGCCUCCUCCCCGCCCUGCUUCGCCUCUGGGGUGAUCCGAUUUGAGGUUCCUCUCCCUCCCGACCUCAAUGCUCUCGCAUGGCUGGCAGCACAACAACCAGCACCAGCAGCAGCAGCAGCAGCAGCAGCACCAGCAGCAGCAGCAGCAGCAGCAGGACAAGAAACAGCAGCAGCACAAGCAGCAGCACAGCUGGCUACCCCCCCACCCCCGCUUCCCAAUGCUCCAUCCGCCUCCCCUGCGCCUCCAGCUUUCCCCAGUGGCCCCUCCCCUCCCCCUGGCCUUUCCCCUCGCGUCUACUUCUCCCCCAGAGCCCCCAGGGGCACUCGCUCCCUCUCUGCUCAGGUGCCCUCCGAGCCUGCGCCAGAUGGGGCGAGCUGGUCCGGUAUUGAUGGCUCGGGUAUAGGCUCGGUUGCAGGUGUGGGUGCGGCGGUAAUGCUGAGGGGAGAGAGUGAGGGAUUCAAGGCGAGGCACUGGAGGCAAAUCCGCAGGUACCUGUCAGACUCAUCCCCAAGCGUGCGCUUUUUUGGGGGCAUCCGUUUUGACGCAGAGGCUCCUAUGGCGCACGAGUGGGCCCCUUUCGGCACUUUCCUCUUCCUCGUUCCUCUUGUGGAGCUGAGGGAGUGCGAGGACUGUUGUGUGCUCGCGUGCCAUGUGCUGUGGGACCCCUUCUUCCUGCACACAGACCAGGCCUCCCAGAUAUCCACGCCCGCAGCUGCCUCUGACUCGUCAACAUCAGCAACAGACAAGCCACCUCGCCCAUCCUCUCCAGAGGAAGCAGCAGCAGCAGGAGCAGGAGCAGGAGCAGGAGCAGGAGCAGGAGCAGGAGCAGCUAGCUCCAUGCCCCGUGUGACACAGCAUAGGCCAGCAGCGACUGUGCUCGAGGCGAUUGCAGCAGCUCAACAGGCGCUUUCUCUGGUCCGUCCAGUGUUCCGCACCCCCCACCCGCCCCGCGUCCUGACCCAAGUCACGUCCAAGGCAGUGGCGCCAGACGAGCUGCUCUGGCACCUCGCUGUGGAACGAACCCUCCAGAGCCUGGGGAACCGAGGGGUGGAAGGGGAGCAGAGACAGGGGCGCGGAGGAGUGGGGAGAGAAGAAGGGGGUGGGGGAGAAGUGGACGGGGAGGGGGAGGCGGCAGGGAGUGGGUUGCAGGGGUGGGGGGAUAAGCCGUGGAUGCUGGAGCCGAGCCGGAUAGACCAGAUGCCGCUGUCGAAGGUGGUGAUGGCCAGGCGGACUUGUUUGACCACCGUUGACCCUGUGGACCCGGUUGUGCUGCUGGGAGCCCUGCAGGCCAGGGACCCCAGCGCCUUCCAGUUUCUCCUGGAGCCCCAUGCAGGCUGCGCCUUUGUCUCCUCAACGCCCGAGCGUCUGUUUGCGCGCAAGGGGCUCGCGGUGACGAGUGAGGCCGUGGCAGCGACGCGCUCACGAGCACAGGCACCAGCAGAGGACCACAGCAUAGCUCUCGGCCUGCUGCUCAGCAACAAGGACCAUGAGGAGUUUGAGAUCGUGCGAGAGAGCGUGCACAGGCAUCUAGCGGGAGUGUGCGAGCGCGUGCAAGUGGAGGAGUACAAGCGCAUCAUAUCGCAGCACCGGGUGCAGCACCUCUAUGCGCGCAUCAACGGCCGCCUCUUCAGCACCGCAGGCGAGUUUAACCUACUGGCAUCGCUGCACCCCACACCAGCUGUGGCCGGCCACCCCCAGAAGCAGUCCCAGGAGGCCAUUCGCUUUGCAGAGUCGUUUGACAGAGGCCUGUACGCCGGACCUGUAGGGUGGUUCGGCGCCGAAGCUUCCGAGUUUGCAGUGGGCAUCCGAUCCGCUCUCGUCCAAUCAGGAGCCAGCAUGGCCCCGUGGGAGGGGCAGCCCGGGAGCGGGGAUGCAGCGGGAGGGGAGGAGCAAGGGGAGAGGAGGAGAAAGGGUGGGGGUGGUGGUGGGCGUGUGUUGCUAUAUGCAGGAGUGGGAGUGGUCAAAGGUGCCAAGGCGGCUUCGGAGUGGAGUGAACUCAACCUCAAGACACGACAGUUUGAAGCUCUGCUUGGGGGAGCCCCUGUGCCUGGCCCAGGGAGGGGUGUAUCUGGGGGAGGUUCAGCUGGUGACAAGGGUACAGAGCCAGGAAGCAGAGGAGGAGGAAGAGGAGGAGCAGCAGGAGGAGCAGGAGUAGCAGCAGGACAGGUGGACUUGGAGGGGCAACCGAACAUAAACUUUGUGUGGUGCCGAAUGGCUGUGGAGGAGUGCGUCCGGCUUGGUAUCACGUACUUCUGCAUAGCGCCAGGGUCGCGGUCGUCCCCACUGUCCAUCGCAGCAGCAACCAACCCGCACGUGACCUGUGUGGUGGCCAUAGACGAGCGCUCCCUCGCCUUCCAUGCUCUGGGCUACGCCAUGGGCGCGCGCCGCCCUGCUGCCAUCAUCACAUCCUCUGGCACUGCCGUCUCCAACCUCCUCCCUGCUGUGGUGGAGGCAAGUCAGCAGCACGUGCCCCUGCUGGUGCUCACUGCUGAUCGCCCGGCAGAGCUGCGGGACACGGCAGCAAAUCAAACCAUAGACCAGGUGCAUCACUUUGGCUCCUUUGUGCGCUACCAUGCUGACGUUCCAGCACCUUCCGACAAGGUCCCUGCCAGAUUCGUUCUCACCACCAUUGACACUGCUGCCUACCGAGCCUGUGCCGAGCCUCCAGGCCCGGUGCACCUCAACUGGCAGUUCCGGGAGCCCCUGGCCCCCGCACCUCAGGCCUGGAACCGAUCCUGCCUGUCGGGAUUGCAUCGCUGGCAAACCUCCCUCCUGCCCUUCUCCCAACCCCUUGGUGCCACUUCUGCUGGUGCUGCUGCACUUGAAGCUGAUUCUUUCAUCUCGUCUCUCCCUGCUUCGAGUCUGCUCCGCUUGGGCCUGCCUCGUUCUUUUGGUGCUGGUGUGGUAGCAGGACAGGGGAGUGGAGCAGGAGCAGGAGUGAUGGGAGCAGGAGGAGAGAGCACGAGCGGGGAAGAUAGAGCAGCCACUGGGUCAGACAUUGGUACCAUGGGCAUGGGGAUAGGAAAUACUGCAGCCAUGGGCUUCGGCAACAAUAUGGGCAUGAGCAGUAAUAUGGGCAGCAGCAGCAUGGGCAUGGUGACGCUAAGUGCGGAGUUUCAAGAGGUGCUGUCUCUGCUGCGCUCAGCUAAGCGCGGCAUCAUCCUGGUCGGCAGCCUGCCGUCCGCGCGCGAUGCCUGGGCGGCGUCGCUCGUCUGCAAGUGUCUGCAGUGGCCCGUGGCCGCAGAUGCCCUCUCAGGGCUGCGAGUGUGGAGGACAAGAGGGGGAGGGGGAGGAGAGAGGGGAGGGGAAGGAGGAGGAGGGGGGGAUGUUGGCGGAAUGGGAGUGGGAGGGGAUGUGGGGAGUGGGUGUGGCGAGAGUGGUAUGGUCAGUGGCUUCUUUCUAGACCAUGUGUUACUGCAUAAGGGAGCAGCUGACGCUGUGGCUCCUGAUGUGGUGCUGCAGCUGGGAGGUCCCCUGGUGGGCAAGAGGCUACCCGCAAUGGUGGAAGCAGCAGCCAACGCCCCACCCACCUCCUCCUCCUCCUCGCACCCCUUCCGUGCGUAUGUGCUCGUGCACCCGUCGCCACGCCGCAUAGACCCGGCCCAUGCUGUUUCUCACCGCCUGCACAUGCCUCUGCCGGCCUUCGCCUCGGCUCUCGCCGCUGCUGUGCUGCUUUGUGGGGGAGCAGGGAGUAUGGCGGGAGGAGGAGGAGGGGGAGGAGGAGAGGAUGGGGAGGAUGGGGCGGAUGGGGUUGUGGAGGAGGGCAUGGGGCAUGCACCUCUGGUGGAGUUUCUUUCUGAUGUGGUUUCCAGAGAGCUAUCCAUUGCUCUGAGCCUCCCCUCCCAAGUGCCAGAUGAAGCCUGGGUCGCGCGCACUCUAGUAGCAUCGCUGCCUGAUGGCCAUGCGUUCUUCCUUGGCAACAGCAUGCCCAUCAGAGAUGUCGACAUGUACGCUGCCGCACCCUCCUCCAUCUCCUUCUCUACCCCUCAACGCUUGCACCCCCCUGCUGCUGCUGCUGCUGCUGCUGCUGAUGGGGGUACUGUUAGUGCUGCUGUUGCUGCCGGUUCUGGUGCUGCUGCAGGGGAAGGACUCCUGGGGUCGUGGGGGGGGGGCGGUGGAGAGUGUGUGUGGGGAGGAGUGCGAGUGGGAGGGAACCGGGGCGCGAGCGGAAUUGACGGGGUGGUCAGCACGGCGGUUGGCUUUGCAGCAGGCACUCAGCAACCGGUGUCUCUGCUGAUUGGCGACGUGUCGUUCCUGCAUGACUCCAACUCCCUUGCGCUCCUUUCUGCUGCCAGGUCAGGGCAGCCCCCGGUGACAGUGGUGGUGGUGAACAACGGGGGUGGCGGCAUAUUCAGCCUGCUGCCGGUAGCGGGCACGCUGGAUACAGAUGUGUUCUCGGCUCUCUUCUCCACGCCACACCAAGUGCAGCUGCACCACCUCUGCAAGGCGCACAGAGUUGCAUAUUUCCGGGCCACCACGCGCUCAGAGCUGCUCUCCUCUCUGCACGCCGCGUGGGCCACGCACCGCCAUGCUGUGGUGGAGGUGCAGGUGCCGUCCAUCGACCACAACGUGCGCUGGCACCGCCUGCUGCAGGACGCUGCCCGGAGGGCCGUGGGGCGCGCUCUCCCGGUCUUCAAGAGCCACUCCCGUGUGCCGGUCUCCUCACGUCCAAGACAUGCUGCAGUGGAUGCAGCAGCAGAGGGGAUCUGUGGCGAAGAGAGCAGCAGAGGCAGGCAUGGGUCGCUGGUUGUGGCGGAGACAAAGAUAGAGAGAAUCAGAAUCGUUUUAAGGGAGCCCCCAACGUCAGUGGAGCUGUGUGGGGGAGCGCUGUCGCAGUCAGAGAGAGAAGGGCUGCUGCUGCACGUGCGGCUGGAGGGAGGGGCUCAGGGCACAGGCGAGGUCUCCCCUCUCCCCGGCCUGCAUCCGGAGUCACUGCUAGACGCACACGAGCAGCUGUGUCUGCUCGCGCACCGCCUCCCAGGCCUCGCCUUGCCGCUUUCCUUGCCGCUGCUCAAUGGGACCUUCUCUCUCUGGCUCUGGCACGCACUUGGCGUCCAGCCAUCAUCUCUGUAUUCCAGUGUGCGAGCUGGCCUAGAGGCAGCCUGCCUCUCUGCCAUGGCUGCUGCACACAACACCUCUCUCUAUCACCUCCUCUCGCAAUCCCCCCUUCCUCCUCCUCCUCCGCCUCCUAUCCCUUCUCCACCUCCUCCUCUGGUCCCACCUCUUCAAAGUCAAGCAUCUGAGUCGAGAGACCGGGUGAAAGCGCGGUGCUGUGGGUUGCUGGACGGUGAAAGGGGGUCCAUUCCUGAAGUGGCCCAUGCAGCAACCCACCUAGUCCAAACCCUCGGUUUCACUGCAAUCAAAGUCAAGGUAGCAAGGAGAGCAUCCCCAGCAGACGACGCUGCAAUGGUGCUCGCAGUGCGAGAGGCAGUGGGGCCGCACGUGCAUAUCCGUGUGGAUGCCAACCGCCGCUGGUCGCUGCCGCAAGCUGUGGAGUUUGGACGGCUUGUGGCGUCCUGUGGUCUGGCGUUUGUGGAGGAGCCAGUAGCCCAUCUCCACCUCCUUCCUCAGUUCUAUAGUGCCACAGGCCUCCCCUUUGCUCUGGAUGAGUCUCUAGAUGACGCCCUCCUCCUCCCCCCCUCACACUCCACUCCCACUCUCGCCCUCCCCCCCUCGCUCGACUGGUCCGGGCUGGCAGCAGUCGUUGUGAAGCCGUCCAGAGUGGGCGGCAUGGAGGGGGCGGCAGUGAUCGCUAGAUGGGCGGCGUUGCUCGGCGUGCAGUGCGUGGUGAGCUCGUCCUUUGAGUCCCGGCACGGGCUUGCCUCACUCUGCCACUUUGCUGCUUUUCUCGACACCAGCCCCUUCCCUUCGCUGCUGCUGCAGCCCCAGCAGCCACAGGAUGCAGGUGCGGCUACUACCUCUGAAGCAGAGAAGCGGGACUCCCAGCCGUUAUCCUCUUCUCCUGAUUGCCCCCCUGCUGCUGCUGCGGCCCAUGGGUUGGGUACCUUUCAGUGGCUGGUUGAUGAUGCAGAGCGGGAUGAGAGCCGAAGGGGAGGUGGAGAGGAUUAUGGGGUGGCAAGAGAGGUGGUGGAGAGCCUGGGGGGGUGUGAGGAAAGCGUGAAGGAGCGGAAGGAGCAGGGAAGCACCUGUGCAGAGGUGGACAUUCUUGCACUGCAAGAGGAAUCUCCCCCUCUGUUGAUUGCUGAGAGGAGCUCGGAGGGCUGGCUGGGAGUGCUGCUGUCUGCGCGGUGGGAUGCUGGUGUGGCUUUUGAGGAUUCUCAAAACCCUAUCACUGGUGGUGAGGGCAGUGAGACGUGUGCUGAGAUGCUGACACGUGGAGAGGAGGAGGAGGGUGAGGGUGGUCUGGUGCACGGCACAGCAGGUGAUGCAGGCGCAUUUGUGGGAGGAGGGGAGAGAUCGGCUGCGCGGACAGCAGAGGCAGCAACAGGAGUACAUGCAGAAUCAGCACCAGAGUCUAAAGCAAAACAAGCAGCAGAACCGGCAGCAGAAGCAGAAGCAGGAGCACAAGCAGAAGCAGCAGCAGAAGCAGAGGCAGCAGCAGGUGCAAGUUCAAAGUGGGAGGAGCGCAGAGAAGCAGUGGCAUUGAGCAACGGGGGAACUGUGGACUUUAACAUCCUCCUAACGCCCUCCCCACGCUCUGUUUCCUCCCCACAAUCCUCCCACCCGGACUCUCCUCUCGCUCCCUCCAACCCCCCGCCAACCCUCGUCUUCCUCCACGGCUUCCUUGGCUCUCACGCGGACUGGCUACCUCUUGCCGACCCCCUCGCCCUCUCCUUCCCAUGCACGCUCAUUGAUCUCCCCGGCCAUGGAUCCACCUCCGUCUCCCUCCCAGUCUGCCUCCCAGUCUCCCUCCCAGCCCAUCCCACAGACGCAGCUUCACCAGACGCCCCUAGUCCUGCACCUUCCACCCCACCCUCCUCUGUGUCCCCUCGCACUUCCUCCCCUCUACCCUCCCCCGUCUCCUCCUCGGCUUCCCCCUCCACCUCUCCAUUUUCCUUCGAAGACACAGCGACUGCUCUUGCAGCGCUGCUUGCCCGCCUGCUAGAAACCGCAGCGCCACCGCAGCAGCAUCAGCAGCAGCAGCAGCAGCAGCGCAAGGUGGUGCUGGUGGGAUACUCCCUGGGUGCUCGGCUGGCCCUCUACUUGGCGCUUCGCCACCCGCACCUGGUCUCCUCUGCUGUCAUUAUCUCGGGCAGCCCCGGAAUUCGAGAAGUGGCUGCCCGAGCUGCCCGUGCGGAAAGCGAUGAUUUGCUAGCAGCAGUGCUGUGCGCUGGUGGGCUUGAGCAGUUCGUUCACUCGUGGUACCAGCAACCGCUGUGGACCAGCUUGCGCAACCAUCCAUGCUUCCACUCUAUGCUCGCACGCCGCUUCUCCUCUCCUCUCUCCUCCUCGCCAUCCUCUUCCCCACCAGCCCCAUCCUCCUCCUCCUCCGCCUCGUCCUCCUCCGCCUCGUCCUCCUCCGCCUCGUCCUCCUCCGCCUCGUCCUCCUCCGCCUCGUCCUCCUCCGCCUCGUCCUCCUCCGCCUCGUCCUCCUCCGCCUCGUCCUCCUCCGCCUCGUCCUCCUCCGCCUCGUCCUCCUCCGCCUCGUCCUCCUCCGCCUCGUCCUCCUCCGCCUCGUCCUCCUCCGCCUCGUCCUCCUCCGCCUCGUCCUCCUCCGCCUCGUCCUCCUCCGCCUCGUCCUCCUCCGCCUCGUCCUCCUCCGCCUCGUCCUCCUCCGCCUCGUCCUCCUCCGCCUCGUCCUCCUCCGCCUCGUCCUCCUCCGCCUCGUCCUCCUCCGCCUCGUCCUCCUCCGCCUCGUCCUCCUCCGCCUCGUCCUCCUCCGCCUCGUCCUCCUCCGCCUCGUCCUCCUCCGCCUCGUCCUCCUCCGCCUCGUCCUCCUCCGCCUCGUCCUCCUCCGCCUCGUCCUCCUCCGCCUCGUCCUCCUCCGCCUCGUCCUCCUCCGCCUCGUCCUCCUCCGCCUCGUCCUCCUCCGCCUCCCCCUCGUCUCCUUCCACCACUGAUACCAGCAACUCGCAUCCACCCAUGGUGGUGUUGCCAGGGGGCACAGAGCCAUCCCUAGCCAUGGCGCUGAGGGGAAUGAGCACAGGCAGACAACCUCCUCUCUGGGACGAGCUCUCUUCUUCCUCAACACCUCUGCUGCUCGUGGCUGGCUCCGGGGACUCUAAAUUCGUUUCCAUUGCACACCAGAUGCACACAGCUGCAGCUGCAGUUUCAGGGUCAAGUGGCGCCCAGGCAAACACCCUGCAACAGCAACAGCAGCAGCAGCUGAAUCUAUCCCUGCAAUUCCAGCCGCCGCAGCAGCAGCAAGAGGAUCAGGAGCAGGAGUUCCCGCUGCCUGUUGUUUCUCCCGUGGAGAGUCUAGAUUCCGACUACCCCUUCUCCCUCAACCUGCCGAGCGUGGCCUCCUACAAAGCUGCUAUCCUGGGGCAGCAAUGGGACCUAGAAGAGCAGCAGUACGAGGGAGAGGUCGUGGAGGAGGGGGAGGAGUUUGAAGAGGAGACUUCUGUGGGUGGGGCUGGCGGCAGUGAUGCUGGCAGCAGCAGCAGCAGCAGCAGCAACAGCAGGUUUGAUGGCGCAUGGGCUUCAGAUAUGAAGAGAGUGCAUCUGGAGGAGUCCCUUGGUGUUGCACCAGGCUUCGCCCCUCCGAAACCAUCAGCCAAUGACAAGACGUCGUCUCUCCCAGUGCAAGCAGCCAAGGAUGUUCUUGCAACGGGGGAGGCUGUGAGUGUGGUGAUAGUGGAGGGAGCCGGCCAUGCCAUCCAUGAAGAGAGGCCCGAGGCUCUGCUGCCGCUGAUUCGCUUGUUCGCGUCUAGAAGCAAUCAGGCCAGUAUGGAGUGAGGGGGCAUUGCCUGCAGCAGAAUAAUUCCGUACCGGUUGUAGUACUAAUUCGUUGCUUAGGAAGAAGCCUUUGUUUCCGCUGGACGAGCCCUCAACUCUUGGUCCGUGAACAUUAGGAAGGCUCAUUAUUACCGGUAUCAGUGGGGAUGGGUGUUAGCGUACAUAUAUUGUAUGCACUGUAGGCUAGCGAGGUGCAGGCUCUAGAGGGGACGACACCAAUAUAGGAACUCUGUUCUGCAUGUGAAACUCAAUUCAUG